CUCGGGCUCCGCUGCCCUGGCGGAGCCGGCAGUAAAGCAGAAAAGCGGAGCAAGGGGGCGGGGCCUCGGCACCCCCUCCAUCCCUAGCUGCGCACCGCAGGGAUGUUCCCGGCUCAGGAGGAGGCUGACAGGACCGUAUUUGUGGGCAAUUUAGAGGCCCGAGUGCGGGAAGAGAUUCUUUACGAGCUGUUCCUUCAGGCUGGGCCACUAACCAAAGUGACUCUUUGCAAAGACAGAGAUGGAAAGCCAAAGUCGUUUGGCUUCGUCUGCUUCAAGCAUCCUGAAUCUGUGUCUUAUGCCAUAGCUCUGCUGAAUGGAAUUCGUUUGUAUGGGAGACCAAUUAACGUGCAGUAUCGGUUUGGGAGUUCUCGCUCUUCUGAACCAGCUAACCAAAGUUUUGAGAGCUGUGCUAAGAUAAAUUCACACAGCUUCAGGAACGAUGAGAUGGUAGGAAGAGCUCCCUUUCCCAUGCAGUUUUUCCCAAUUAUGAAUGCUGCCUUCCCUCAAGAGUAUUUUUUCUUUCAGAAAAUGCACUGGCACACACAAGCUCCAGUGCUGCCGCCUGCUUUCUAUGACAUGACAGCUCCUCUACUUCCCAACUGUGCAUCUGGGUCUUGCUCCUUAAAUCCUGCUCCAGAACUAGAGGCUGGACCCAGCUCCUAUGAAUGGACUCACCAACAACCGAGUGACCCUGACCUGUAUCAUAGGAAUAAACGAAAGAGGCAAAGGCAAGCCAGCGACAGCGGCAGUAGCUCAGAAGACAAGAGAGGAAAUGAAGGUAGCCAAAAAUGCCGGAAGUGUAAAAAGAAGAAAAGAUACUAGUGAACCAAAUCUGUACUGCUCUCAGUUCACCCUAGAAAAAAGAAUCUGUUAUACCAAAUGACCAAUUGCUUCUCCAUCUUGUCUUUUCUUAAAUAUAUGGAAAUAUGACUCUGUGGUUUGCUAUUCAGUUUGCUAUUGAUGCACUUGAAUUAUAAAAGGCUUUGAACAAUAAUAUAAUGUACUACUUUUGUAUUUUCAAGGUUACCUUUGUCUCAUUAUCAAGUAGAAUACACUUUGCAUCAACUUAUUUUAGUGUUGAGGAUGGAAUUUCACUAGUAAGGCCACACUCUCACCU